UGUCAGAUGUUCUUUGAUCUCGAUUAAUUUCUAUUUUUGUAUCAAAACUGCCUGGGAAAGGACUUUAUGGAAGAUAACUAGUGAGAUUAAAUUGUGAGUAAAGUAAUAAUUCCUAAGCAAUGAAAGGUAAACAUUUACAUUGGCUGCAUUUGAUCUCAGAACAUAAAACAGCCAGAAGAAACACCGCAUCAUCUAAUUUCGUUUCGGUAUUUAAAGAAAACCAUUACAUAUUUUAUAAAUUCCCCAUUUUCAUAGUUUUCUGUUUGAGCUAUUUCUUCUGUCAGAUGUUCUUUGAUCUCGUCUAAAAUUAUUGACUUUUCUCGAUUAAUUUCUAUUUUUGUAUCAAAACUGCCUGGGAAAGGACUUUAUGGAAGAUAACUAGUGAGAUUAAAUUAUGACUAGCAGUGGAUGUAACACACUACCGGCAAGGGACAUAUCUCUCGAUGGUCGACUGGGCCAGGCUGGAUUGCCGUUUGGAGCGAACUGAGAGCAGAUUAUAAAAUGACAUCUGCAUCACAGAAUUUUUAUAUAAACAAUGUCAUUCGUAUUGAACAUCUUAAAGACUGAGCAAAGAUGUUAUACAUAACACGUAUAACCCUGUUUCUAUAAAUAUAUACGGAAUUAUUGCAAAAUAUAUCUGCUGAACUGAAAGAAGUAAUCACAUCACUGAAAUCUCAAAGCUAUGAGAUGAUCUAUAAUUCAUUCAAGACAAUAUGAAUAAAUAAGCAUUAAAUUUGACAAAGGAAUCUGAAUGCUAAAAGGUUAAACCGGCCAUAUUUCAAUAAAAUAUCUACAUAUUCUUUAUUCAAACCUGCCAGAUCCCAGCCCUCACACCCAUCCUACAAUGUCAUUCUAGAUAUAAACAAUAUAUCAGUGGAAUCUUAAAGCUAUAAGAUAAUGAAUGAUUAAUUCACAAGAAUUUAAAUAAGUAUUACAUUUGACAGAGUAAUCUGAAUGUUAAUGAGUUAAAGUAAUUAACAAGGCAGUUUGCAGCAUCUUCAGAUAUUAACGAAGAUUAUUAAUGACGGAGAUAUAUCAGUAGAAAUAUUUGUUAAGAGCAAUAUACAAAAGGAAGGAAAAUAUUUGUGUACUGUGACAAGAGAAAGGAAGAUUAUGGAAAAUGAAUUAUAUAGGUGUGAAGAUGAAUGUAAAAAACAAGCUGAAAAAAUUGAUUUUUCUAAUGAUGUAAAGAAUGAAAAGGGCAAAACAACAUUUGAAUGUGAUAUCUGUGGUAAAAUAUUAACUCAGAAAGGUAGCUUAGGCACUCACCGACGUAUUCAUACGGGAGAGAAGCCAUAUCAUUGUGAUAGCUGUGGUAAAUUAUUCAAUGGAAAAAAUGACUUAGUCCGUCACCAACGUAUUCAUACAGGUGAAAAACCACAUAACUGUGAUAUCUGUGGUAAGUCGUUCACUCGGAGAGGUAACUUGACUACUCACCGACGUAUUCAUACAGGUGAGACGCCCUAUUUCUGUGAUAUCUGUGGUAAGUCAUUCUCGCAAGCUUCUAAUUUAACGACACACAAACAGCUUCACAUAAGAGGAAAAUAUCUACACUGUGACCUCUGUGGUAAAUCAUUUCAUGAUAUUUAUCAUUUGACUACUCACGAACGCAUUCAUACAGGAGAAAAGCCAUAUCGCUGUGAUAUCUGUGGUAAAUCAUUCUAUGAAAAUAGUUACCUAAAUAGACACAAAUACAUUCAUACAGGAGAGAAACCAUAUAAUUGCGAUAUCUGUGGUAAAUCAUUCUAUUAUGGACGUGCCUUAACUGUUCAUAAAGGCAUUCAUUCAGGCGAGGACCCAUAUCAGUGUGAAAUCUGUGGGAAAUCAUUCUCUUCAUCUAGUCACGUAACUAUUCACAAACGUGUUCAUACAGGAGAGAAGCCAUAUUGCUGUGAUACCUGUGGUAAAUCAUUCUCUGGAUAUGGUACUUUGAUUGAUCACAAGCGUACUCACACAGGUGAGAAGCCAUAUCAUUGUGAUAUCUGCGGUAAAUCAUUUGCUCAUAGAAGCAGCUUUGGUACUCACACGCGUACUCACACAGGUGAGAAGCCAUAUCAUUGUGAUAUCUGCGGUAAAUCAUUUGCUCAUAGAAGCAGCUUUAGUACUCACAAGCGCAGUCAUAUGAGAAAGAAACAAUACCAGUGACUGUCAUAAUUAUUUCCAUGUCCACCCUUUGAUGUGUGAGAGACGAAAGGGAGACCAGGGUCAUCCUUACAUUUCUGUGGAUGGAAUGCCACGUCACGUCUUGGAUGUUCGCAGUACCGUCGCUUCAUCGGACGACAUAAGUGGAGGAGAAGUGAAUGAGACCACCUUCCGCAACCAUAAAUUUGCAUGAUUUUAAUAUCGCUGUUUGAAACGAUCAUAUGCGUGAAUUAAAAUUCUCUUAAAUUUUAACAUAUUCUCUUCUCCACUUUUAACAAAUUUGUUGAGUUCUAUGGGAUUCCUUUCCAUAAGUUUACACAACACACCAUAUACAAGUAUUAUUUUCAUAUUCGCAAACUUACACCAGCAAAAUAUGAAGAAUCUAUAUUAGAAAUCAUUUUCUGGAAUCCUCCAAAUUAAAGGAUGAAAUAUAAUUCAACUUUUUCAUACACACACACACACAUAUAUAGUGAAAAAUAUAAAAUGCAGGAAAAUCCACGCAAAAACAAUUAGAAUAAUAAUAUUCUUAUAAAUGAUCUGUGAUGAUGUGGAAUAAUAAUAAUAUUCUUAUAAAUGAUCAAGUGAUGUGCAAGUCUAGUGUGAGUGAAAGUGAUUCAGAAAACAAUUAUAAAUAAUAUUUGUUUUUCUUAUAAAUGCUCUGAACAUUGUUUUUACUUUAAAUAAAAUAUUCUUUACAUUC